UGGCAUGUAAUUACAAUCUGAUUAGUUCACGCUCGAUGGAUGCAUUUUGUUUAUGUUUCGGCAAUUAAUCAAAAGUCUCGGAAUUUUACAUAAUUUACGAAUCGGAUCUAUAAGCUUGCCUCCGUAAGAUCGGACUAUAAAUUAUAAUCGGAGUCUCGCACAUCAUUCAGUUUACUGUCUAAAGCUUAGCCACAAUGUUACCCAGUUGCCAGCAACCAAAAUCGUCCCUGAAGAGCUUUGGCGACAAGACCGCCAAUCUGUUCAGCAGGAAGAAGGACGAGGCCGAGAAGUUGGCCAGCGACAAAUCUGUCGAGGCACAGAAGAUGGCCGAGGAGCAGGCCAAGAAGGUCGGCCAAUCCGUGCAGCAGACCAAACACGAGGCCGAGCAACUGGCAACAAGCACAGCCAAGGAUGCUGCUGCUCUGGCUGCUGCCGAGGCUCAGAAGGCUGGCCAGGUGAUUGAUCAGGGCGUCAAUCGUGCUGCCGGCGCCGUCAAUCAGACGAAACAGGCUGUUGAUCAUACUAUGGGUCAGGCUGCCACCGCUGUGCAGAACUCCAAGCAGGCUGCGGCCAAUGUGGCAGAGGCAUCGCAACGUGCCGCUGCCAAUGCCGUCGAUCAGACCAAGAAGGCGGCCAACGAGGCGAUCAACAAGAGUGUUAAGGCCGCCGAAUCUGUGGCCGAUCAGAAGCUGAAGCAGGCCGAGGGUGCCAUCGAUGGAGCCAUGAAGCAGACCAGCCAGGCGGUCGAUCAGAAGAUGCAUGAGGCCAAUCAGUAUGUGGACCAGAAGCGCGAGGGACUCGAGAAGAACAUCCAUGAUGCGACCACUCAUGCCCAGGACAGCGCUGGACAGCAGGCCACACAGCUGCUGGGCAAGCUGCAUCUGGGUUCCAAGUAGAGGAUGGAGAUCUUCCAGAGCUCCCAAACUCCAACGCCCUCAAGUCCCUAUCCUAAACAAAAGUAAAUAAUUUCAUCUGUGUGUUUUACAAACAAUCAAAACAAAAAAAAAAAAUCAAAAAACCGAAAAGAAAAGUAAAUAUUGAAAGGGAAUUUUGCUUCAACGUAACAAGUGCCAGUAAUGUGAUUGCUAAAAAUUAAUAUACACUAAAUGUAUUUUUGGAUUUCAUAUA